AUGUAUCAUUUUGAAAAUGAUGCUAACAUGUAUUCUCUCUCCACUUAUACUUACAAUAAUAAUAUUAAUUCAGAACAAAACGUUUCAUCGUUGUCAUUUGAUGCCUAUGCAAAUUACAGACCCGAAAACUAUUAUCAUGGAUCAUCCUUUCUUUCAUAUACACCACAAUCUACACCUACACCAGUUCAACCUAAUGAUGUUUACAUGGUUUCCCCUACUACGCCACAAAUCGAUUCAAAUCUUUGGUUUAUCGACUCACUUACAUCCAAUAAUACAUCUUUAGUUACUCAACAAUCAAAUCUAAUUACAAAUAAUAAUACUUUAAGAAAGAAACAAGAAAAUUUUAAAGUAUGUUCGGAUUGUGGAACAGAUCAAACUUCAACAUGGCGUAAAUAUGGAACAAGUCAUUUGUGUAAUCCGUGUGGAAUUUAUCGUACAAAGUAUGGAAUUCAACGUCCAACUUACCGUGAUGUUGAUGGUAAAAUCAGGAUCAAGAGAAGAAACACUCAACAAAAUAGAGAAUGUGCAAAUUGUAGAACCACUGAAACCCCAUGUUGGAGAAAACUUGAAGAAAGGAGAUUGUGUAAUAAAUGUUGUUUGUAUCAAAAAUUACAUGGUCAUCCGAGACCACAAAAAAUUCGGGGUCGACCGUAUUAG